GUAUGUUUGAUUAUCUUUAAAAUUCAAGAAUAUCCCCAGAUUUGAUCAUUGAUUGGGUUCCUUCCUCUGUGUGUGUGUGUGUGUGUGUGUGUGUGUGCGUAAGUUUGUGGGGAAGGCUAAUGGUACAGGCCUAGUAGUGGUGUGAGUGGUGGGAAGUGUGCUUGGGUACCUGGUGCCAGGGCAGGUGCAUCUGGGAUUGGGACUCUUGGGAUGAUUGAUGAAGGUGCAUGGUGGGUGGUGAUGAAAGUGUGGAGGCCAGCAAUGGGGGCAUGUGAUAUUGUGAUAUAAUAAGAAAUAAGUAUUUUAGUCUUAGUCCAUGGUUCCCAGCACAUAGCUCCUAAAACCUUUGUCAUUUCCUAAAUGAUAAGAGCCACAGGGCACCUUUUGUUCCUGACUCCAGAAAUUGCUCCAGAGAGAUGAAGGUGAAAUGGAUGUUGUCAUCAUUCCUAAUAAAUUCUUUUGAACCACACCUGAGUUUACGAUAAUGAAGUAAUUUUUUGAAAGUCUCUCCAUAACCCCUCGAGGAGGGCUGGUUGCCAGGGGAGCGAACCAUGUGAUUAGAGCGUUGGAACUUGAAACCCAUGCCCCGAAUGGAGGUUGAGUCAGUCACCAAUGGCCAGUUAUUUAAUUAAUCAUCUGUAUGUAAUGAAGCGUCCAUAAAACCCCAAAAGGAUGGAGUUUGGAGAGCUUCUGGAUUGAACACAUAGAGAUGCUGGGAGAGUGCGGCACCCCUUCCCAUAUACCUCGCUCUAUGCGUCUCAUCCAUCUGGUUGUUCCUGAGAUCUCUGCCUCUUUCCCAGAAGAGCCAGAAAUGACCAAGUCCCUGCAUACCAAAAAAAUGACCAAAACAACCCAGAAUAUUAUCAGUACUACAGAAAGAAUGGGAUCAGUGUCAUUCAAGGAUGUAAUGGUAGACUUCAGCAGGGAGGAGUGGCAACGAUUGGACCUUGCUCAGAAAAGCCUGUACAGGGAUGUGAUGCUGGAAAACUAUUUCAACUUGAUCUCAGUGGGGUGUCAGGUUCCCAAACCAGAAGUCAUUUUCAACUUGGAACAAGAAGAGCCAUGUGUGCUGGAUGGUGACAUUUCAAGUCACAACUGUCUCAAUGGGGAUAUUGGUUUUAAAACUUUACAGCAGGGAACGUCUAAAGAAGUUUCAAUACGGUUUGAAAAAAUUAAUCUCUUUACAAGAGAUGACCCAUAUUAUUCCAUUUUAGAAGAAUUGUGGCAAGAUGACAAACAGACGGAGAGAUGUGAGGAAUACCAGAACAAAAGUGUAAGUCAUGUCGCCUUUGUUGACAAGGAAACAGUAGCUAAUGAGAGAGACUGUGAAUAUAAGGACACUGGGAAAACUGAUCAUGUAGACACAUACCUUGUUCCUGCAAGAAAAAGACUCCAGAACUGUGACUCAUUUGGAAGGAGUUUGAAGCCUAUUGUAAGCUUAUGUAAUUAUAGAAACAAUGCAAUAGAAAAUCUUGAUAAGAUUAUUGGAUAUGGUAAUAUUUUCACUCCUAUGAAUUCUCAUACAGAAAUGAAUGGUUGUGAAUAUAAUCAGUGUAAGAAACUUCUGAGUCAUAAGCAAGCUCUCAUUCAACAUCACAAAAUUCAUACUGGGAAGAGUCUCAAUUUAUUUUCUGAUUCUGUAAAAAUUUUCACCCAGGGGUCACACCUCUUUGCACAUCAAAGUAUCUAUACUGAGGAGAAACAGCAUGAAUGCAGCAAAUAUGAGACAGUCUUCACUCAGAAGCCCCAACUUGCUGUACCUCAGAAGGCUUCUACAGGAGAGAAACCCUAUAGGUGCACUGAAUAUGAGGAGGACUUUUGCCUCAAGUCAAGUCAUGAGGAAACUCACACUGAGGAGAAUCACUGUAAAUGCAGUGAAUAUGGAAAAGCCUUUAUCCAGAAGUCAGAUCUGUUCAGAUGCCAGGGAAUUCAUAUUGGAGAAAAACCCUAUGAAUACAGUGAAUGUGGGAAAAAUGUUUCUCAGAAUUCAAAUCUCAAUAUACAUAAAAAAAAUUAUACUGGAGAGAAACACUUUGAAUGUACUGAAUGUGGAAAAGCCUUCACAAGGAAAUCAACACUAAGUAUGCAUCAGAAAAUCCAUACGGGAGAAAAGCCCUAUGUAUGUACUGAAUGUGGGAAAGCCUUUAUACGGAAGUCACAUUUCAUUACACAUGAGAGAAUUCAUACUGGAGAGAAACCUUACGAAUGCAGUGACUGUGGAAGAUCCUUUAUAAAGAAGUCACAACUCCAUGUGCAUCAGAGAAUUCACACAGGAGAGAAUCCCUUUAUAUGUACAGAAUGUGGGAAAGUCUUCACUCACAAGACAAAUCUCAUUAUACACCAGAAAAUUCAUACUGGAGAGAGACCUUAUAUAUGUACUGAAUGUGCGAAGGCCUUUACUGACAGGUCAAAUCUCAUCAAACACCAAAAAAUUCAUACUGGAGAGAAACCCUAUAAAUGCAGUGAUUGUGGAAAAUCAUUCACUUGGAAGUCACGGCUCAGGAUACAUCAGAAAUGCCACACUGGAGAGAGACAUUAUGAAUGCACUGAGUGUGGGAAAGCCUUCAUCCAGAAGUCAACACUAAGUAUGCAUCAGAGAAUUCACAGAGGAGAAAAACCUUAUGUUUGCACUGAAUGUGGAAAGGCCUUCUUCCACAAGUCACAUUUUAUUACACAUGAGAGAAUUCACACUGGAGAAAAGCCUUAUGAAUGCAGUGACUGUGGGAAAUCCUUUACUAAGAAGUCACAACUCCAUGUGCAUCAGCAAAUUCACACAGGAGAGAAACCCUACAGAUGUGCUGAGUGUGGAAAGGCCUUCACUGACAGAUCGAAUCUGUUUACGCACCAGAAAAUUCAUACUGGGGAGAAACCCUAUAAAUGUAGUGACUGUGGAAAAGCCUUCACUCGGAAGUCAGGCCUCCAUAUACAUCAGCAAUCUCAUACUGGAGAGAGACACUAUGAGUGCAGCGAAUGUGGGAAAGCUUUUGCAAGAAAAUCAACACUAAUUAUGCAUCAGAGGAUUCAUACAGGAGAGAAACCCUAUAUUUGUACUGAAUGUGGGAAGUCCUUCAUCCAGAAAUCACACUUAAAUCGGCAUCGGAGAAUUCAUACUGGAGAGAAACCCUAUGGAUGCAGUGACUGUGGGAAGGCCUUCAUUAAGAAGUCACAACUCCAUGAGCAUCAUCGAAUUCACACAGGAGAGAAACCAUUUAUAUGUGCUGAGUGUGGAAAAGCCUUCACUAUCAGAUCAAAUCUUAUUAAACACCAGAAAAUUCAUACUAAACAAAAGACCUAUAAAGGCAGUGACUUUAAGAAAGCCUUAAACUGGAGGCCACAGCUCAGGAUACAUCAGAAAUCUGACACUGGGAAAGUAGCAUGUCCAGUGCCACAAUCAUGGUGUGGGGAUACCAAGGAAUGAGAGGCUACCAUGUGACUAAGAAGCAGGAGGUAACCAAAGCCACCUUACCUCUGGUCAGAAGUAGGAAUGUCUGGAUUACAGAGCUGAUGUCCAGCUACACGUUUGCGGGAGAUACUUGGGAGGAAGAGCUUAAGCGAUGUGUGAUGCCCACACUUAGUUACCGGACAGGUACUGGAAUUGUCAAGCCCCUGGAAAUAAUAGCAAAUCUGCAAGGAGAGGACUUAGUCUUUCUUGUUUCAUAUUGUGGAGAAGCAGCUUCAUAAGUUCAGUGCUGUUGAGCUUCUCACGCCCUGGGUAGCAAAAAUAUUCGAUAUUGACUAAAUGAAGUUCUUAAUGAGCAGAGAGCUAAAAAAAUUUUUUCAUCGUCCAAGGACGCUGAAAUCAAGGCAAAAGUAUAGACAGUUCAGGUCUAUAAUGAAGAGAAGCCAGAGGUUUUUUGUGAAAAUUGACAUUAAAGACACAAAGAAAGGACUUUUCCCCCCCCUUUUGGAAGAAGCCACUCUUAUUUAUUAUUUAUAGUAUCUAUUAGUGUGUGGAAAUUUGGAUAAACACUUUUUUUAUUUGACUUUGAGAUUGGUAAUCAGAACCACAGGCCUACUUGAAUAUUCAUAGGCCUCUUUAGUUAUUAACCAGUAUGUUCCUGUAUUUAUUAAUUCCCUGCCAUGGCCUAGGUAACUCACACCCAAGAGGCAUAAAGUUAUCCCAGCUGUGUCCCCAGAGUGACCAAUGAGGUAGACAGCAGCCCCACAGACUCCUUACUUGUCACCUCAGGACUGGCCCUGAGGCCAUGGGACUCAGGUCACAGAUCCAGAGGUCAGCACUUUGGACUGUCAGCCUCAUCCACAGAAGUCUAUAUUUUUUAAAAUUUCUGUUUGGAAAAGAGACAAAUUAAGAAAAUGGGUUUCAAAACCUAGAAUUCUUUCCUUCCAUGGAAGUUUUGUUGGUACAUUCUCUGCAUGUCCAUUACGUGCCAGGUGACUAUGGGACACUACUGUUCACAUCUGAGUUUGUUUUCUAAGAAGACAGGGUUGCACUUUUGGAAGAGUAAUCUUCUGUCCCCUCCCAGUGUCUACAAAUUAAUCCGAUUGUGUUUGCAGACCCUCUGUAUUCUUACAGACUUUUUAAAAUCUUUUUUUUUUUCCUAACAGAUUCUAAAAGCAGUGCUUCAUCCUCCAGAAUAUUUGUGAAUUUGUCUCUCCUGUAGAUCAACCCAUUUUUUUCUUAUAUUUUGAGUCUUUGUUUUUACAUACAUUCAGAUUUAGAGUUGUUAUACUCUUUCUGGUUAAUUGAAACUUAAUUAUUAUGAAAUGUCUGUUUUUAUUGCUACUGAUGUUCUUUUUUGCCUUAAAAUUUACUGCAUCAGAUAUUAAUACUGUAUGCAUACUUCACUCAUUGAAGGCUAAAAUAAAUGAGUCCCUUCUCCACUUUCCAGAUGAGGUGAGGAGCUAGAACAUUAGCUCCUUUAUUUCCCUCUUGGUUUACAUGGUAUUAACGUCAUGCAUUUGGAUUUUGUGUGUAGUUGAUGUGGUCAGUCAUUUGAGUCCAUGUUCAUUUAUAUUAAUCCAUACAUGUUUUCCUUUUUUUUUAUUUUUUUGAAAAUAAGCUUUCAAUGUAAGUACCUUUGAAGAUAAUGUGCUUUUUUUCCCUUUUCUCUCCCUCCUUCAAAAUUUGUCUUAUCUUCAGCUGCCAGCAGUUCACAGUGGCAUGCCUAGGUGUGAUUUUCUGUGUGCUUGUUUGGGGUUUGCUGUGUUUUUUUUUUUUAAAUCUGUAGCUUGGUGGUUUUUUUCUUUACCUUUUGGGAAAUUUCUUGCUAUUAUCUAUACAAAGUAUGCUUCUGCUUCAUGUCUUCCUCUGCUUUGUCUAGAGAUUGCCCCAUUAUUUAGACCCUCUGUAAACCUUUUUCCAUUCGUUGUUUCAGAUUUUGGUAAUGCUUGUUUUCCCCUAUACCUGGUAAUUUUAAAUCAGCUACCAGGCACUAUAUAUUAGGCACUGCAGAGACACUGAGGUGGUCUGGAUGGUAUCAUCUUCCAGAGAAGAUUUGCCUUUGACUCUAACAGGUAGGACUAGGCAAGAGCAUAAGCACCCCUACCUGUCUUCGUCCAGUCUUGUACUGAGAGUGUGAGACUGGGCUCCAGUCCCAGGGAAGGCUUGUCUGGUGUUUUUCACCCUAGAGAUGUAGGACUUGGGGAGAUUUUCUAGGUGCCUCAUUCUGUGAAGGAACUUAAUUUUAGUAUUUGUCCCAUUAAGUCCAUAAAUUUGUUAAAAACUGUCUUAACCUCUCUUCUUCGGUAUUUGCUUUAAAAAUUAGCAAACACCUCUUUU